AAGUAGUUAUAUAUGAUAUAAAUAUAUAUAAUUUUAUAAAUAAGUUUAUUAUGGUGUUCAAGACUAGUGUGCAGAUAGAUAAAAAAAGAUCAUAAUGGCAACCACUAUAAUUUCUGCUUGCUUGCCUCCGAAUAUAGAUCCUACUAAAGCACAUAUUGCAUUUCAAGAUAGAGCACUUCCAAAACUUAAUGAACAGCUAUGUGGUGAUGAUUUGACAAUAAAGCAGUGUGCAUUGAUGUCAUUGUGUGAUUUAUUACACAAUCCUGAAUACAUUCAACAAGCUAUUACUUGCUCUGUUAUUCCAACUUUAUUGGUAUUAUUAUGCGAUGUUGAUAUCACUGUAAGAAUGAAAACAUCAGAAGCUUUUUUACUCAUAUCUGGGCAUGCUAUUGGUCGCCAAGUUAUAAUUGAACAGAAUGUUAUUAAUCCCUUGUCUUUAUUGUUUAAUGAUGAGUGUUACACUACACGACUGAAUGUUUAUCAUACAAUUGAAAGGUUGGCAUUGGGAGCCCCAGGAACUGAAUCAGUGGUUGGGUGUGGUUUAAUGCCACUGUUAAUUGCUAAUCUAGAAACAGAUACAGACGAAAUAAAGGUAAUUAUUCUCCUUACACUCAAUCAUUGUAUGCGUGUUAACUUUGUCGAAGCUCUUCAUUCAAAUGCGAUGCUUGUUUGCAAGUCAUUGCUUUCGCAUUUCAAUUUUUCCAUCAGAACUUAUGCAGCUAUGGCUAUAAAAGAACUUUCCUUGACUACAGAUGGAAAAAACCAAGCCUGCGAUGAGGGAUGUAUACCAUUAUUAGUCAAGUUGCUUAAGGAUGAAGAGGUUUCAGUUCGGGCCCAAAGCUGUGCUGCCCUAAGUGCGAUUACAAUCACCACACGGGGAAAGCGCGAAACUUUAAAAUUUAAUGUCAUACCUACUGUUCUUCAACUGUUAUUAGAUCUUAAUGUAGAGAUAAGAUUGAAUGCUUUGAAAUUAAUUUCUAAUCUAUCGGAAGCUCCAGAAGGCCGUAAAGAACUAUUGGAAUCUGUAGACUACGUUUCUAGUCUGAAGAGUGACUACGACAGCGCCGCAGUUAGAAAAGCCGCACAGAUAGCUGAAAAAAUGAUUCUUUGGAAGCCCUGACUUAUUUAUCUGUAGUUUGUUUGUAUUGUACAUAAUUAAAAAAGUUUUAAUAUA